GUAACCCCAGUGUAUUGAUGGGAGCAUUACCUGUCCGUUAGAGGUUCAUCUGGCCAGCUUGCUGCCAGUAUGGAUGAGCAGGAGGCUCUACACUCCAUCAUGCAGGAUCUGGCUGUGCUCCACAUGGCUAGUCGGCCUCUCUUGUCACUGCACGAGACAGCGAAACCCAAGACAGCGUCCAGUAAUAAGAAUGAUGUUCGAGUCAAGUUUGAGUUUCGUGGGGAGAAGAGAAUCCUACAGUUUCCACGACCAGUCCUGCUGGAAGACAUUGCAGCGAAAGCCAAGGUCGCCUUUGGUCAACCCAUGGGUCUGCACUACACCAAUAACGAGUUAGUCAUCCCUCUGACCACGCAGGAUGAUUUGGAUAAAGCCAUCGAACUCCUGGAUCGUAGUGUCCACAUGAAGAGUCUCAAAAUCCUGCUGGUGCUUCAGUCAAAGAUCCAGGUCUCAAGCCUCAGCAAUGUGGACACUCUACAAAUGCUAGAUGAUUUGGACAACAACACGGUGUACAUGGGAGCAGAGAAGAAAAGCAGGCUCCCGCUGAUCGCUUCACAGACGUCAGACAGGAGCUCGCCGCCCCCCGGUUACAUUCCAGAUGGACAGCAACAAGUGGCACGCAAUGGAUCGUACACCAGCAUCAACAGCGAGGGUGAAUUCAUUCCAGAGAGCAUGGACCAAAUGCUAGACCCGUUGUCGAUGAGUAGCCCAGAGAACUCAGCUUCCGGGAGCUGCCCCUCCCUCGACAGCCCCCUGGACAGCGACAGCUAUCCCAAGGCCCGCAUGCCUCGGGCUCAGAGCUAUCCCGACAAUCAUCAGGAUUAUUCAGAUUGCGAUAUUGCAUCGUUCGACAACAUCGGGAAAGGUGGGACAUACCCACGCCGGUACCACAUUCCGUACCACCACCACGACUACACUGAUGGUCGCAAGACGUUCCCCAGGGCGAGGAGGACGCACGGAAACACGCUACGUUCGUCGGUCAACUUCAGCCCCACCGACCUCUCGCUCAGCACCAGCAGCGGCAGCAGCGUCUUCACCCCCGAGUACGAGGACAGCCGCAUGCGGAGGAGAGGCAGCGACAUCGACAACCCCAUCCUCUCGGUCAUGGACAUCAGCCCCCCGAGCCACUCUCCGCGAGCACCUUCCAACUGGCGACUGGGCAAGCUGCUGGGCCAAGGGGCGUUUGGCAGGGUGUACCUGUGCUACGACGCGGACACAGCCCGAGAGCUGGCCGUGAAGCAGGUGCAGUUCGACCCCGACAGCCCGGAGACCAGCAAGGAGGUAAACGCUCUGGAAUGUGAGAUCCAACUGCUGAAGAAUCUCCAGCACGAGAGGAUUGUACAGUACUACGGUUGCUUGAGGGACCCUCAGGACAGAACCCUUUCGAUCUUCAUGGAGUACAUGCCAGGGGGUUCGAUCAAAGACCAGCUGAAAGCCUACGGGGCGCUGACGGAGAACGUGACCCGGCGGUACACGCGGCAGAUCCUGGAGGGCGUUUCGUAUCUACACAGCAGUAUGAUCGUGCACCGAGAUGUAAAAGGUGCGAACAUUCUGCGGGACUCUGCGGGCAAUGUAAAGCUGGGAGACUUUGGAGCGAGCCGGAGGCUGCAGACCAUCUGCCUGUCUGGGUCGGGGAUGAAGUCCGUCACCGGCACUCCCUACUGGAUGAGCCCAGAGGUGAUCAGCGGCGAGGGCUAUGGCAGGAAAGCCGACAUCUGGAGCGUUGGGUGCACGGUGGUGGAGAUGUUGACAGAGAAGCCCCCCUGGGCCGAGUUUGAAGCCAUGGCGGCCAUUUUCAAGAUCGCCACCCAGCCCACCAACCCUCAGCUGCCUCCCCACGUGUCCGAACACUGCCGGGACUUUUUGAAAAAGAUCUUUGUUCCGAUGAAGCAGAGGCCGCCAGCGGAAGAACUCUUACGCCACACCUUUGUGCACUCUCACUAGCGGCCAACCUCAACAUCUGACGCGUUUGUUUUUUCUAUCUGAUUGCACUUUUUACCGUAUAAUUUUGGUGAUUCUAGGUGGUUCCCUAGGGUGUAAUUUAUACUUCGAGUUGUAUUUAUAAUGAGAUUUUUUUGCAUUCCCGCAAAAGGGGAACGAUCGGAAGAUUUUUUACAGUAUGUUCACACGGUAUUCUGAUGUUCAAGGUAAAGCACUUUAUUACAUAACUCAUUCCUGAUCACUAAUCGCCAGGUUCGGUGGCGACCCCCCUCUUUCCCUCACGAAAGGGAUAGUCCCGCUUACGCCAUUUUUUUCCCGGCGACUUGCCGGCACCCGUCAUUCGUCGCAGCCGGUCGCCGAACAUUUUCAACGUGUGGAAAAUCCAGCGGCAACCAGAAAAAAAGGUACGACUUUUUGAGCGACCACUCGCGUCUUUGGGCGACUACUCACGACCUGAACGGAUA